UGCCGACCCGAUGGUUGGACUGGUCUGGCGCGGAAUUGAAGGCCCCUGGCGAGCGUCGCGGGGGGCUGGACGUGGGGAGUCAGGGCGGAGCCCAGGCAGCGGGAUUCGGGGUGGUUGAGGAGGAGCGGAGGACCUGCUGGGAUUGGGCGGAGGCCGGCGAUCGGUGGCGCUGCAGCUUCAGGUGUUCCGGAGGCUCCACGUCGCCUGGCGCCUGCGGCUUCCGAGAGCUUAGGUGGUUCUCAGCGUCUGGAGCCGGCCUGCGGUUCCCGCGAGGACAUGGCUGGGCCGGGUCCGGGAGACCCAGACGAGCAUUACGAUUUCCUGUUCAAACUGGUGCUAGUGGGCGAUGCGAGCGUGGGCAAGACGUGCGUGGUGCAGCGCUUCAAGACCGGAGCUUUCUCGGAGCGCCAGAGCAGCACCAUCGGCGUCGACUUUACCAUGAAGACGCUGGAGAUCCAGGGCAAGCGAGUCAAGCUGCAGAUCUGGGACACAGCUGGCCAGGAGCGAUUCCGCACCAUUACUCAGAGCUACUACCGCAGUGCCAACGGGGCCAUUCUUGCUUAUGACAUCACCAAGAGAAGCUCCUUCCUGUCAGUGCCUCAUUGGAUCGAGGAUGUGAGGAAGUAUGCAGGCUCCAAUAUUGUGCAGCUGCUGAUUGGGAACAAGUCAGACCUUGGUGCGCUCCGAGAGGUCCCUUUGGCUGAGGCACAGAGCCUAGCAGAGCACUACGACAUCCUGUGUGCCAUUGAGACGUCUGCCAAGGACUCAAGCAACGUGGAGGAGGCCUUCAUGAGGGUAGCCACGGAGCUGGUCAUGAGGCAUGGGGGUCCUCUGCUCAGUGAGAAGAGCACCGACCACAUCCAGCUGGAUAGCAAGGACAUUGGAGAAAGCUGGGGCUGCGGGUGCUGACUGGGGUACAGGGCAGGCAGGCAGGCAGGCAGGCAGGCAGGGGCCUCUCCAUCUCCUCUCUCUGGUCUGCCAAGCCCAGCCCUUCAGAGUUGGCCCUCUGUGGUACCAGUGAUUCUAGAGAAGCUUGAUGAAGUCCUGGAAUUAUUCAUCCCAUGGUCUGGAUGCUUGAUAGAAAAGCUACACCAAGGAAGGGAGAACCAGGAUUCUUCUGGCAAGAGGUCUAUUGGUACAGGGUACAGUGUGUGGCCCAUCCUGCCAGUCAGCAGCUGUUCCCUCAGUGUUCUUCUUGUCCUAGGAUAGGCCUGAGCUCAUGAGUAUGGACUGCAGCUGUGGAGGGGCCAGGAAUGUGCUUCCCCAGCUCUAUACAUACUAGUUCUGACCAUUUCACACCUUGUAUCUGCUAAAGCUGUUGCAGCAGGUUGCUGCUUUCCAGGGAUGUGGGUUGUGCUCAGGUCAUUCCAGGGCCUCAAUAUGCAGCUUCAGAGAGUGAGAGCAACCAGCCCAAUAGGCUGGUUUCUGAGCAUAGUCCCAGGGAAGUCCUAACUCUUUCCAGGUGAAGAAACUUAUUUCUUCACUGCCAACUCUAAGCUCAUAGACAUCAUGGGGUCCAGUUUGCUGCCUUAGCAAGACCUCUCAAGUUUUCUGGUUUUCCAUGUAGCUUCUUGUUUUCAUCCACAAAAGUGUAGGGUCAUGGCUCAUACCCAAGUGGGUACUGUUUGCUUGCUUGGGGCCCAAAGUUUUGUCACUCGGGUUGCAAAUCUAGCAAAUUCUUAAGUACCAGGGUCUCAGAAACUUGGUGGUAGGGGAAAUGAGAUAGGAACCUGGAUAUUUAAGGGAAAAAUAAAAUCAUGCAUUCUUGAGGAUCAGGUCUGAGAGUGUCCCUCAGGACCCAGUCUUACCUAUGUGCAGAAAUCUUUCCUGCUAUGUUUAUAGCAUCAGCUCCCCCUGCCCCUCCCAGUCUAUCUUAUAGAGUUUUCCAAACAAAAAAGAUAAGGCCUUGGUAGUUCUGGAUUGGGCUAUUUCACCCACCCUGGGCCCACCUGUCCUCAAUAGCCUCAAUAGCCUCAAUGUGCUCAGGGUGCUUAGGUAAGAAGGCAGGCCAGGGCUGAGAUUAUUGGGGUCUUUGAAGUAGCACUGGGUUCUGUGGUGUGGCUCAGAAGAUUGCAGGAAGUUCCUAAGCCAAUCCCAGUUCCUCCAUGUCAGCCCAGUCCAGCCCCUUUGGCCCCUCGUUGUGGGACCUUUGGAGUGGGAGCAGGGAGCAAGAAGGCUGCCUGGAUUGUGUCCUCAGUGGCCUUACCGAUGGAUAGGUCCCAGUUGCUAGCAUUGAGGGUUUGUGUCUUCCUGGCCACUCCAUUUCAGUGCCUGGGUUCCACCUGCAGAGUAGAAAGUAACUGUCACUGAGGGGUUCCCUAAAGAGGGUUCCAUUGAGGCCAAGGGCAAAGAUUCUCCAGCCCCAUGACCUCUCUGCUAGGGAUUAAUAUUUGGGCAGGGCUGGGCAUUGAACUUGGUCUCCAGCUGGAAGAUAAUGCUUAUGAAGCCCCACCUGCUGCUUUGGGGAGGUAGGGGUACAUGCAAAGGGUCUUGUAGCAGAAGUGUAGGCCUACACUCCUGUGAUUGACUCGCAGCCCCAGUUCUAGCCAAGAGCAUAGGUAACUGCCAGACCACUCUACCCACCAGUCUUGCAGAGCUUAGGGGAGGAGAGAGGCCCGUCUACCUCUCCUUCAUAUGGGUAUCCUUGGCUGGCAUAAGGAUCCAGGGUAGGCACUGGAACAGGUAGCUGGCUGGCGAUGGGCUCAUUUGUUACCCUAGAAUGUGAGCCAUCUCCUCUUCUCUCCCCCUCUGCUCAUAGGCAGGGAGGCCUGAAACCCUGCAAAGUGUGGCUUAGAAGGGGAAAAGAACAGUGGGCCUAGCCUAGGACCAGGGAGGUUUCUUCUUACUGGUAACUUCUUGCUUUACCUAGAAAUCAAGGAACCACUUUGCUUCCUCCCCUUCAAAAUCCCAAAAUGUCAAGUAUUGGGCUGAGUGGAUCUCUUGCUGUCCCAUCCUUCAUGCAUGGAGCAGCCUCACUCCAGAGGUUUAGCCUAGAAAUUGGGGGUUACUUUGGGUUCCUCACUUUUUCUUCCCAUACUACCACAGUGCUGUGGGCUUACCUCCACAGUGCUGUGCCCUCUGCUCCACACAGGCUCAUCCUCUCACCUGGACAUCUCACUGACCUUGGCUCCUGGGCUUCUAGCCUUCACUACCCCAAGCUAUUCUCCUGCUGUUGUCUAAGUGUCAAUUGUGAAAGGUUACUCCUGGCCCUGCCACUCCCCACCCCAUCCCCAGCACCUUCCAGGGUGCCCUUGGGCACUUAGAAUGUUGUCCACACUUGACCCAGAUGUCCAAGACCUUCACAGCUCUAUCUUGGCUUCUUUCCUGUACCUGCUUGUUCCCCAGGAGUACCCUCUUUCCAGGCUAACCCCUUCCUGUCCUCCCCCCACUUACUGACCCUACCCUUUUUGUUCUCUUAUAAUGCCACAAAUGACCCAUUUGGACAUUCCUGAAAACUGACCCCACUCCAGGCUAAUCUCUUGCUCAUAGUACCCUCUAGCAAGAAUGAGUUCUUUCCCCACCCCUUGGCCUGUGAGUUUCCUCCCCCUACUUCCUGGGCUAUUUCUUAUAGUCUCCAAGAGAGAUGUUUUCUGGCCCUCAACUUUAUGCAAAUGCUAGUGCUCAGGGCCUGGCCUACAGUGUGUUAUUGACUGCAUGCCUUGUGAGGUCCCUACUCUAUAGUGACCCAUCGGGCUGGGGCCUCUCUACAUCUGUGGGCUUUAGUCCUGUGAUAGGGUAAGAGAAGAUGGGGCAACUAUUUGAGAUAGGAAACAAGACUUGAUUCCAUUUCCUCUCCUAGCAGCCUCUGGGCAAGAGAACACUUUAAUCUUUUUUUAUAAAUUACCUAAAAAUAGGAGUAGGUGGUGCAAGGGGCCAGGAUGUGGGAGACAGGGCAUUGGUCAGAAGGAGAGCUUGGAAGUGUUGUGACAGCUCAGGCCUGGAGGAAGGCAGUCUGUGGUCUGGGUGAGGCUUAAGUGACAUGGGCUGAGGGAGAACAAAAGGGAAGUUGAUGUAUUAUGGUUAUGGGAGUUGGACUCAGGUGGGCAAGGAACACAAAUCCUGAUUCUUCCUCAGAGAGGUAGUUCCCAGUCCUCCCAGAGGUGUUUUGAUCCCAAAGGCAUGAGCUCCAGUAGAGUUGGAGCUGGAGGAAGCUCCCAAUUCAUAUUGAAUUCAGUUAGUCUUCUCUGGGAGGGCUUCCAGGUGUAGGGCUUCAAGGGUUCUCUCAGACCUAUUGUCCUGGACUGUUAGGAGUGGAGAGGGCUUUAGCUAGCCCAAGGAUGCCAUUUGCAUUUGGGAAUUUUCACAUGAUCUAUUUAUGAAUAUAUAAAUCUUUAUAUCAAAUCUAUUUUUUAAAACAUGGAAAGUUGCCUUUAUGGAAAUUUAGCAGAGCCAGAAUGUACAUAUUCCUAAACCAUUAAGCAGUUUUCUCUAAUGAGCCAGUGGCACCCAAGACUGGUUUGGUUACUUUUGAGCCCAGAGCCAGCCUAGGUGGCCACAUCCCCACAGAUGGUCCCACUUGCUUAGCUUUCCCCAACUUGUCUUUAGGUCUGGGGUGGAAGAUGAGCCUACACACUGCCCACUACCUGUUAUCUGGAUCCCUGUUAAGCUCAUUUUGUCCCAAGCCAGGGUGGGAUCCCCUGGGCAGAGAGGUAGUCAACUGCCUAAGGGGCAGGAAGGAGCUUGGGUUGGGUCCCCUUUCUGCCAGGGAUACGGUGUGUUACUUUGGGUAACUCAUGGUGUCUUUCUGGGCCCAGGUUCCUUCAAUUGGGUUUUGUGGGAGGAGGUUGGGAAUACUGUUUGGUGAUUGCCAGGGGCACCAGGGAUCCCUCAUACUUCUACCACCUUGUGAAGGAGGUCUGUUUCUACCCUUCCAGUGUCUGCUUUUUCAGAUGAGUCAACAGACUUGGGUUGAGAGUUCUUUGUCCAAGCCUUACAGCCAUAAGGAAGUAGAGCCAUGUCAAAAUCUAGAACCCUCAUGAGGGCAAGACUGUUUUUGUUUACUGCUAUAUUCCAGGUGCAGAGAAUGGAUCUAGGCACAUAGGUGCUCAAAGAACUGCUGAGUGCCUGAACUGGCUCCUGGCAUCAGGAAGCCCAUUAAUCCACAGACCAUGAAGAUAACUGAGUCUGCUUUGGCCACUCACAAAAAGAGGCCUCUGUCCGCCCUGACUGGUGUGGCUCAAUGGGUUAGGCAUCAUUCUGCAAACCAAAAGGUUGUUGGAGGUCAGUCCACGGUUGGGGAUGUAUAAGAGGCAACCAAUCCAUAUUUCUCUCACACACUGAUGUUUCUCUCGCUCUUUUUCUCCCUCUUUUCCCCUCUCUCUAAAAAUAAAAAUAAUAAAAUCUUUUUUAAAAA